UCUCUUUGAACGCUUUGGAGACGGAAGGUUUCGAAGCUUCUACAAUUUUCAUUCCCCCACCGACUACGUCUACGUACCCGCAUUCAAAUUCCGCAGAAUAUUCUCGAAUUCACCAACUUUACUCUUUUUAUAUAUAUCUUGAAAACGAACACGCGCAAAUCCAAGCGUUCGAUGCUAACUUCUUUGACCAAAAACAGUUUUCAUUCAGACAUUUUCACAAACACCUUGCAAUGGCAGAAGACGGAGUCGUCACACUCUACAACAGCAGCGCCAUCACCGACGCCAAGAAGAGCCCGUUUUCCAUCAAAGUUGGUCUGGCUCAAUUGCUGCGUGGUGGGGCCAUUGUUGAAGUCUCCAAUGUGGAACAAGCAAAGAUCGCGGAAGCUGCUGGAGCUUUUUCUGUAAUAGUGUCUGAGCCUGCUAGACGUGGCAUUAAGCGUAUGCCUGAUCCUUCUCUUAUUAAAAGUAUCAAACAAGUGGUUAAUGUUCCUGUGAUGUCACGUGUCCGUGUUGGGCACUUCGUUGAAGCUCAGAUUCUGGAGAGUGUUGAGGUUGAUUAUGUUGAUGAAAGUGAGUUUUUGGGUUUUGCUGAUGAAAGUAAUUAUAUUAAUAAACAUAACUUUAGGUGUCCUUUUGUGUGUGGAUGUGCAAAUCUUGGGGAGGCUUUGAGGAGAGUGAGGGAAGGUUCAGCUAUUAUAAGGAUUCAGGGGGACUUAUGUGGGUCUGGUAAUGUAGCUGAGACUGUUAAAAAUGUGAGGGCUGUGAUGGGAGAUAUCAGGGUUUUGAAUAACAUGGAUGAAGAUGAGGUCUUUGCGUUUGCAAAGAAGAUUGCUGCACCUUAUGAUUUGGUGGCUCAGACUAAGCAAAUGGGGAGGCUGCCUGUUGUGCAAUUUGCUGCCGGCGGCAUUGUGACUCCUGCAGAUGCAGCGUUGAUGAUGCAGUUGGGAUGCGAUGGUGUGUUUGUGGGUUCAGAGGUGUUUGACUCACUGGAUCCGUAUAAGAGAGUGAGGGGUAUUGUGCAAGCUAUUAGGCAUUAUAAUGAUCCCCAUGUGUUGGUGGAGAGUAGUUGUGGAUUGGAGGAUGUGAUGGCGGGGCUUAAUCUUAAUGAGGACAGGAUCGAACAGUUUGGUCAAGAGGGCGUGUAAUGAGUCUUGAUUCAAGUAAUGUAUCUUACUUUUAUCUUAUCAAGUUCACAGUUCUGUUUUUGAGUCUAAUGUGGAGAGUAUACUUGGUUUCUUUCUUUUCUGCUGCUUCUUGUUGUGUUCACUUCAUUGUGAUUCUUGUUAUCCAAAACGUUAUAUGGUGCAUCUCAAAGUGCGAAAUACAGGAAGGAAUUAGAAUUUAA